UGUAUCCAACGCGAUACCAAACAAAUCAAUACACAGGAGCGUCGGUCGCUUCCGCUGUGAAAACAGCUGAAAUUCUUGUGUGAAUUACAUUUUUCGGCAGCGACAGUCCCUAUCUGAACGCGGUUUAUAGUGAUUUUUUUCCGCUUUCAAGGCUGCCAAGAUGAGCAAUAUGAGCAAUGCAGUCCUUGCGGAAAUAGAGUGGGAUGAAGGGCUGUCAAUGCCCGUUGCUAGUGCAGAAAACAAGCAACUUGAAAAUGAGGUUCAGCAGAAGCAGACUCGCAUUGUGGCCUCUCAAAAUGAUUUGGCGGAAACAGAAGACAGGAUCAACGCCAUGUUGGAGCAUCUCAAAAACGUCAGACAAGAGCUGCAGCAUACACAGGGUCUUGUCACAGCCCGCGAGAAGGAGUCGGAAACGGAAGAUCAUCUUCUCAAGAUUGCUCAGAGAGAGGAAGGCCGACUCAAACAAGAGAUUACCCGCCUCAAGAAGGAAAUGGAUGAGCUGAAAGAGAAAAAGAAUGCUUUUGAGAACACAAUCUUCAAGCAAACUCAGAAACUAGAGGAGUUGAAGUCACAGAUGAACUGGGACCAGCAGGCCCUGGAGGCAUGGCUUGAAGAAUCGGCUCGGAAAGACGAGGAUGCCAUGACCAUUCAGAAGUACACUCGUCAUGACGAGAGCAAGAUCAAGGAGUUGUCUCUAAGGAUGGAGAAACUGAUGGAGGAGGCACUGCAGAAGAAGCAUCAGCUCGACAGUGAAAUGACCUCAACACUUACAUCACAGAUUGAACUGGACAAAAUUGCCGAAGAUUUCCGGAAAGCUCACACGGAGAGAGAGACACUGCUGUCACAGUGGGAGAAUACAAUUGAGCAGAUGCAAAGGAGAGACAGAGAGAUGGACAUUCUAGCUUCACAACUGGCCAAAGCCAAGCAGGAAGUUCGUCGGCACAACGAGAUGAUCCGAGAGAAGCAGACAUUCCUGGAGAAUGAACAGGAGAACAAUGCAGAACAGGAGAAGAAAAUCUCCCUGGCGGAGCGUACAAGUGCACGCCUUCGUAAUGACUUACAGGAAGCAGAGUUGCAGAGGUCCCAGUUUGAAGAUGAGCUUGGAACGCUGAAGAGAACGGUGGACAGAACUGCCAUUGACCUUGAGACAACACGAAGUACUGUGUCCAUGCUGAGGAAAGAAGCCCAAGAUAAGACGAACAAGCUGCAGCAAGCUAAAGAUCUGCGAGAGGCACUAACAGAAAAGCUGAAGGUUGCUGUGGAAGCAACCUUGAGUUCGGAGGAGAGGGCAGCCCGAAUGGACGAGUUGCUCAACUCGGAGGAGAAGAGGCAGGAGGAGUGCCGGACGGAGCUGAAACUGCUGGGGGAGGCGCUGUUCCGGAAGGAGAAGGAAAAGCAGGAGGCUAAGACGGAUGAGAAACAGACAGAGGCUGCCAUAAAUGGUGCUCACAAUGCUAUCAAGAAUCUGAACAGUAAAAUCACUAAACUGGACACUGAUGCCCUCAAGCAACAGGAGAUUCUCUACAGUCAGGACUUCACGCUGCAGCAGUUGGAGCGUCGCUGUAUCCGCAUGCAGGGUGAGCACAACACGGAGGAGAAGGCACAGCUGGAGGCAAAAGUCAAUCAGCUACAGGGUGACCUGGAUGCCAAAAACCAGACGCACACGCUCCUCACGCUGCAACUCAAGCGGCUCCAGGAUGAUUUGCGAAGAGAGAACCGCGAGUUGGAGGAAACUCACCAGGAGAAGGCUGAUCUCACAGUGAAGAUUGAUGAGCUCAACCUGUACAACGAAAACUCUGAGGCUGAGCUCAAACGCAUCAUCAAGAGCAAGCAGAACCUUAUGGUGGAUGAGAAUCUCUUGAAGCUUGAGAUCAAGAAACUGCGGGAACUUCUCAACUCUCGGGCUGAUGAUGUUAUGUCGUUGGAAAAAAGGAAACUACAGCUUGACACGGCGAUGAAAGAGCGCCACCAGGAAAUCAAGAUCCACAAGGAGAUGCUGACAGCACAGGUCAAGGCCACAGACGAGGAGCGUCAACAAAUCAGCGCAGAGCUGCAUGAGAGAAUCUCAAAAAUUGACAAACUGAAGAAAAGGUUUGAAAUCCUAAUGGUGUCCAUGGCCCCUCCCGAGGGAGAGGAAGAAAAGUCUCAGGCUUAUUACGUCAUCAAAGCUGCCCAGGAGAAGGAAGAGCUACAGCGCGAGGGAGAUGACCUGGAUGCUAGGAUCAGGAAGGCGGAAAAGGAGAUCAGAGCCCUGGAGAACACACUGAAGUUGAUGAAUGGCCGCAACGAGCAGUACAGGAAGAGCUUCAACAAAAUCACAGACUCGAGUGAUGAGAUGGAUGAGAAGAGACAGCUGGAUGAACAGAUGCGUGCAGUGAUGGACAAAUACAAGUACAAGAGGAGACAGAUACGGGAGUUACAGGAUGAUCUCCAUACAAUGAGCUCAACUCUAGACAACCUCACCAGAGAUGAAGACGCCUAUGUGGGUAUGAUUGAUGAGAAAAAGAACAAAAUUCUUCAACUGAACAAAGAGAUUGAAGAUCAGAGGACAAAGCUAGAGAGAGUUGCAAAACAGAAUGUACGCUACUCGCGUGAGUUGAGGUCUGCUCGCAAAGUGAAGGAAGAAUUGCCUGAAGAGCGUGACUUCCAAGUGAGGGAGCUUAGAGAAUUCAACAAGACAGCCAUGAAGAUGAUUGGGGAGGCCACCAUGCACUACCCAGACAUGAUGGAGGCCGUUUCCAUGUAUUUUGCACAGAGCAACCUACCGGCACCAUCUGCAAGCAGCGUCCCAGGCAGUGCACGAGGCAGCACACGCUCCAGUGCCCGGGGAAGCCCCGCCUCCAGCAUCAAGAGUGGCGGCUCCGCCACGCCUGUCAAUGUCGGCUUUGACGUGGGAGGAUCACCUCGAAGCUCAGUCUCCAGCGCUCGCAGCCAGGCCUCAUCCCGACGUUAACGAUCCCCAUAUCAUGACAUCGCAGAAAAAUAUCAUACAUCUGUAGUGUCUGUCAACAAAUGUGGGGCCUGUAAGUCACCACAGGUAGAGGCCAUAUCACAGGAGAUGCUGUAUUUUCCCUGCACAAAUGUGUACAAAGCAGAGAGGGAAAACUGACUCAGUUUUAAAAGACAAAGUUAAUGCAGGGUUAAUUGUGUCUCUCCACAAGACAGACUGACAGGUCUAAUCAUGAGUUGGUUUAAUAAUGUAAUUUACCCCACUGGAUAAAUGUGUGAAUGUUAAACAUGGUCUUUUGAAAUGUCAACAUUUUUCAGGAGGGAGAAUUGAAAAGAUAAGCUGAAAAAUCAUUUUAUACGUGUAAUGUACAGGCUAUAUAUCUGAACGUGUCAUAACAAAUCGUGUGAAAGUGGCUCAGUUUUGAUUUUGAAAAUCACAAGAGCAGACUAUAUUUAAAUGGCACAUAUCAGACUGUACAUUUUUAUGUUGGGUGAUGAAAGAGAAGAAAAAGCCGCAUCAUCGUGUAAAGUUUACUUAGAGGAACUGUUUGAAUCAUGAGCUGGGUGUAAGAAAAGUCACAGAAAACAAAAUGUUUAGUCCUUAUUUAUGAUUUUCAGAAAUGUGCCAAAUGUUCCCUUUCCAACCAUAAUAUGAAAGCUUUUUUUUAAAUUUACGCUAGCUUUCUGGUAGUGGUUGUUAUUGACGUUUUACAGUCAUUACUAGUGUGAACUGUUUGAUAAUUGAGAGUACCCAUUGCAUGCUAAUGUAUGUUUAGGGGUCAUUUUUUCUUCUUUCUAAAGCAUAGCAAGUAUAAAGUAAACAGUAUUCAAUGUUCUUGAACUAAACAUGUUACUUAUUCAGACAUUGUGUGGGAGUUUUUUGUCGUCUUUUACAAAACAAUUUUCUUUAUUCACUUAUGCUGAGCAGCUGUUGAACAAGGCAAUGUAUAUAUUUAAACAUUCCAUCCUCCCAUCUGUGAUUAUUUUUAUUUGUGACAAUGAAUAAUAAACCAUUUUUUAAAACUUUCAA